AUGAAAUAGAUACUUUCAUAAAGCUUUACGCAAGAAGUCAUUCCUACUUUAUUUAGAGAGUAAUCGGAACGUCCAAAUCUUGGGCAAAAGCAAUAAGUCUAGAAGGAAAAGUAAGGAAAAGAUCUGUAUGCUUUGAUUGUCGAUUAACAAAUGAUUAAAUAGAUAGAAAUAAUAGAAAUAUUUAAGGAUGAAGACCAUGAAUCGAUAUAUAAAAAACAUAUAGUAAAUUAUGUUAUUUAAAUAAAAACUGAUUAUUUUGAUUACACCAUUCCUAAAAGAUAUUCGGAGUUUGAGAAAUUGCAUGAAUAACUUCACUCCUACUUAAAAUCUAUGCCGAAGUUCCCUUAGAAAACUUUAAUUCAAACAAAUUCAAGGAAAAUUAUUGCUUAAAGAUAGGACAUGCUUUAAUGUAAAGAAUAUAAAUAUUCUAAGAGUUUUUAUCAUUCUUUGUAUAUCUUUUUAGAAUUCCUAAAUAUUAAAGAAUAAUUUUAAAAAGGCGGUUUCGAUUAAAAUGUUAAACUACAUCAACCCAGUAGAGAUGAAACAGCAUUAAAGGAUCUUUUGGAUGCCAGUCCUAAGAAAAUACAGCCAAAGAAUGAGCCAGAAUAAAUGAUAAUCCAUUAUUUAAAAAAGUUGAAUGAGAAGAUAGACGAGAGAGGCAAACUCUUUUAAAAAAUGGAAAAAUAUUGCUUUGGCAAAAUUCAAUAAGUGUCUCCAACCAUGUUAAAGGUGUUGUUCAUAGGAGAUGAGGAAAGAGAACUCGAAGGAAUCAUGUAGCAAUUAUCCAUCCAAAACAAUGAUAUUUAGAGUCAUAUUAGUUGCAUCAAUGGGUUUUAGUUUUUUCGAAAAAUCCUAGAAUAUGAUUAUAAUCCAAAUGCCGAAUAAGCACUAAAGUAGUUUGGAGAAAUAUCCAUUAAGCAAUUUAAAAAGGUAAAGAUCUAGUCUCAUGUAUGUGGACAAUAAAAACACUGUAAACAAGAUGCUCUUAUACUUUUGCAUAAAUAUAUUAAUCAGAAUCAAUUAAAGGAUUAAAUGAUCAAAUACUUGAUUGAUGAUGAAGAAUGUUUAUAGGAGUAUGAGUAUUUUGUUCAGACUCAUAUAAAUAAAAUGAUAGAUGAAAUCAAAGUAAAUAAAGAUAGCAAUGAAAAUCUCUAAGAAUUUUUGCCUACAAAAUCUAAUUCUACUGAACAUGCCAUCCUAGAAUAAGAAGCCUCAAUUGAAUAGUUAUAUGAAAUCAGUUAAAUGAAUUUAAAUUGGAAGUUUGUCUAAGAAUUUGAAACUCAUUUGAUGUAUCAUCUAUCUGGUUAAUUUGUAAAAACAAUUCAUCCUCUUAAUUGUUCCCUCGAAAAAGCUAUCGUUAUCUUUACAGAUCUCAAAAUCCAAUGGUUUCAUGGAAUGACAUAGAAGGAUGUCUUAGAAAAGUAUGAUGAAUUUAGAAGUCUAAUUGUUGAAUAUUAUGUCUGGGAAGAUAAAUCAACUUUCAAGAAAAUGGCAUUCAUCAGUGAAUAGGAAAUUAGUAAAAUAGAUGACUUACUUUAUUAAAUUACUAUUGUUCCAAGCUCAAAAGCAUUACCAAAUCACUACAAAAUCAAAUGUGAUUAAAAAGGGUAGAAGAUGAGUUUGAUAAUUUUGAAAAAGAAAACAGAUGACUCUUGUGAAGUCAUUGUCUAUCAAAAUAUUAUGGAUAACACAUUUAGAACAGCUCUAACUCCUGUCAUUUUAAAAGAAAUCCCAUGGUUUAAUCACACGAUAACUAAAUUAAAAGCUCUAUUAUGA